AUGUUUCAACAAGUUUUGGGAGCACUCAAUGGGAUUACCCAUGUUGGUGAUCAUCACAACACCAACAACAACAAGAUCAAAGGAACUGUAGUUCUGAUGAGGAAGAAUGUGUUGGAUUUCAAUGACUUCAAUGGUUCCAUCCUUGAUGGUGUUCAUGAAUUGUUUGGUCAAAAGGUUUCAUUUCAGCUGAUCAGUGCUGUUAACCCUGAUCCAGAAAAUGGGAUGCAAGGAAAACUUAGCAGCCCUGCAUAUUUGGAAGACUGGAUCAAUUCAAGCCUUUCUACACCUAUUCCAGCUGGUGAAUCAGUAUUCAAUCUCACAUUUGACUUGGGAGAAGAUAUUGGAGUUCCAGGAGCAUUCAUCAUCAAGAAUUUCCAUCACACCGAAUUCUUCCUCAAGACUGUCACACUUGAGGAUGUUCCUGGACACGGCCCGAUUCAUUUCGUCUGUAACUCUUGGGUUUAUCCAGCUGAAAAGUACCAGAAAGAUCGCGUUUUCUUCGCGAAUCAGAGUUAUCUUCCUGGUGAAACUCCAGCUCCCCUGAUCCAAUACAGGAAUGAUGAAUUGGUAAGCUUGAGGGGAAAUGGAAAAGGAGAACUUCAGGAAUGGGAAAGAGUUUAUGAUUAUGCUUAUUAUGAUGAUCUCGGAGAACCCAUCUUAGGUGAAAAUUUUGCUCGUCCGGUGCUCGGAGGAUCAUCGGAAUAUCCUUACCCUCGUAGGGGAAGAACAGGCAGAAAACCAAGUCUUGCAGAUCCAAAGUCUGAGAGCAGGAUCCCUCUUGUUCUGAGCUUAAACAUUUAUGUUCCGAGGGAUGAGAGAUUCGGGCACCUGAAGAUGUCAGAUUUCCUCGCUUACGCGCUGAAAUCCGUUGGUCAGUUCCUUCUGCCUGAGUUUGAGGCCUUGUUUGAUGGAACUCCUACUGAAUUCGCCAGCUUCGAAGAGGAACUGAGAUUGUAUGAACAGGGAAUUAAGCUUCCUAGUGGUCCUUUGUUCAAGAAUCUAACUGAUAAUGUUCCUCUAGAAUUACUGAAGGAGUUAGUCAGAAGUGAUGGAGAAGGAUUGCUGAAAUUCCCAACUCCACAAGUCAUCCAACAGGACAAGACUGCUUGGAGAACAGAUGAAGAAUUUGCAAGAGAAAUGCUUGCUGGAUUGAACCCUGUCAUCAUUAGCAGCCUCAAGGAGUUUCCACCAAAAAGCAAACUCAACCCUGAAACCUACGGCGACCAUACUAGCACGAUAACCGGAGAACAGAUAGAGGACAAGUUGGAUGGAUUGACUAUUGAUGAGGCGAUAGAGGAAAAUCGGCUAUUCAUAUUGGAUCAUCAUGACACAAUAAUGCCAUAUUUGAGGAGAAUAAACACAACAUCUACAAAGACUUAUGCUUCAAGGACUCUGCUGUUCUUACAGAAGGAUGGAACCUUAAAGCCAUUAGCCAUUGAGCUAAGCUUGCCUCAUCCAGAUGGAGAUCAGCAUGGCGCCGUUAGUAAAGUCUACACGCCGGCUGAGCAUGGAAUCGAUGGCUCAUUCUGGCAGUUAGCAAAAGCUUAUGUUGGUGUAAAUGACUCCGGAGUUCAUCAGCUCAUCAGCCACUGGUUACAUACUCAUGCUGUGAUCGAGCCGUUUGUCAUUGCAACAAACCGGCAGCUGAGCGUGCUUCAUCCGAUUCACAAGCUUCUGUAUCCUCACUUCCGCGACACGAUGAACAUCAACGCUUUGGCUCGCCAAGUCCUGAUCAAUGCAGGAGGAAUCCUGGAGAGUACAGUUUUCCCUGGAAGAUAUGCCAUGGAGAUGUCAUCAGUUUUAUACAAAGACUGGGUUUUCCCUGAACAAGCACUCCCAGCUGAUCUCAUCAAGAGAGGAAUGGCAGUUGAGGAUCCUGAAGCUCCCCAUGGCCUCCGUUUAUUGAUCAAAGACUACCCUUUUGCUGUUGAUGGGCUUGAGAUCUGGUCAGCUAUUAGAACAUGGGUGGAAGAUUAUUGCAAAGUCUACUACAAAUCAGAUGAAACAAUCCAGAAAGAUGCUGAACUCCAAUCAUGGUGGAAGGAACUCAGAGAACAAGGACAUGGUGACAAGAAAGAUGCACCCUGGUGGCCUAAAAUGCAGAACCUGAAAGAUUUAGUAGACUCCUGCACCAUCAUAAUUUGGAUUGCUUCUGCCCUUCACGCAGCAGUCAAUUUCGGACAGUACGCUUAUGCCGGGUACCUCCCGAAUCGCCCCACCGUCAGCAGGAGAUUCAUGCCGGAACCCGGAACUCCCGAAUACGAAGAACUGAAAACCAACCCUGAUAGAGUUUUCUUCAAAACAAUCACUGCUCAGAUCCAGACAUUGCUUGGAGUUUCCCUGAUUGAAAUACUGUCAAGGCAUGCUUCUGAUGAGAUAUACCUGGGACAGAGGGAUGAUCCUGAAUGGACUAAAGAAGCAGGAGCAUUGGCAGCAUUUGAGAAAUUCGGGAGGAAUCUGGGUGAAAUUGAGAAAAGGAUUAUCCAGUUGAACAAUGAUGAUGAAUUCAAGAACAGGGCUGGCCCUGUUAAGGUGCCAUACACUCUGCUUUAUCCCACAAGUGAACCUGGAUUGACUGGCAAAGGCAUUCCCAACAGUGUUUCAAUCUAAGUGAAACCCAAGCUUUUUUUUUUUUUGGGUUGUUGAUUUGAGCAAUAAGAUGCUCAAACAAACAAACCAUGUUCAAUUUGUUGUAGUAGUAUCAUUGUUUAUUUUCUGAUUCUUUUGUUUGUAGUGUUGUCCUUCUUCUUUCCCCUGUAAACUCAAAAUAAGUUUCUCAAUAAAUGUACUAAUAAGGAAGC